AUGGCGCGGGGUUGCGGGGGGGGGGGCCCAGGCCCGCGCCGCGUGGAGGCGGCUGCCGCCGCCCCGGUGGGUGCCCGGGACGGGGACGGGGGACACGACGGGGUGUUGGUCCGCCGGGUCUCCGUCGCUGGCGGCUCCUCUCGGUUCCCCCGCAGGCGGAGGCCGCGGUACCGGCCCGCGGAGCCGCUGGGCCUGGCUGGGCGGCUGCUGCGACGCGCCGAGGCCCAGUUCGGCGACAUGGAGCGGGGACACGCCGAGGGGGUGAGGGACGUGGAAAGCUAUGUGGGUCAUGUCUGUAACCUGACGGAGCAGUGGGAUGCUAUCACCACCGAAUAUGACAAAGAAAACGAACAGCUCAUGCUUGAGCUGACGCAGCUGCUCAAGCAGCUCCUUUCCCUCCAAAACACGGUCCACGGAGAUGCGUUAACAGAAGCCCAGCUGAAGGAGGUCAAGGAGAUGCUGGAACAGGAAGGCUUGUCUGAAAUAGCUCACAGUAACGCCAGCGAACAGGUUGCUUAUUUACUGGUGGAAAGAACGACACUGCUGGAGAAACUGGAGAUCGCAGAUCAGAAGUUGAAUUCACACAACUACGUAGACGGCUGUGUGCAGCACAGCGUCAGGGAAGAGCUGGAGAGGGAACGAGCAUCGUGCGCAAGAGUUAAACGAGAUCCGGAUGAGGCCACACAGAGGCUGCUGAUGGCCCAGGAAGAGACCCAGAGGUUGACAGAUGAGCUGGAUGCACAAAGAAAGGAGCACGGCAAAAUAGAGACCGAUUCACUUAAGGAGACUGGUACCACCUGGCAUACAAAUGGACUGCCACAGCAAAACUGUCUCUUUAUUAUCCUUGUAGACUCGGCCUCGUGGUCCGCCCUGCAAGCGCCUGAGAGCCAGGAGGAAGGGGUGAACGAAUGGACAGAGAGUGACAGGACUGAGCUACAGAAGGCCAUGGAGCACAGCAGCAGACUGGACAAGGAAAUUCUGGCGCUGCAAGCACGGGUCCAGACGCUUGACUUGGAAAGAAAAGCGUUCCUCGAUCUGGUUGAACAGCUCAAAGAGGAGAUCUGUGAGUAUCAGAAGAGCGAGAAGCAAGGACUUCCAUUGCCUGCGUCAGCCGAGACUGAAGAAGUCGCAGUGUCCUCGCUGCAGUCACAGGCCACAAAGGAUGAAGGGAGGGUUGAAGGAGACCCCGUUUCAGGCAAAGCUGGCUUAGAUCAAGAGGACAGAUAUCAGAGUUGUGAAACACUUUAUAAAAGGUGCCCAGAGGUGAUUGAAAACGUCGAGGGCAGGAAUUCACAGCUCCUUCACAAGCUGCAGAAACUAGAGCAGGAGCAUGAGGAUUUGGUCGAGUGCAAUGAAGAGCUGGAAUCAAUUCUGGGAGAAACACAGAUCCAAACCAAGCAGGAGAAGGAACAGUUUGAGAGUGAGGUGGAGGGACUUCACUGGAAAAUCACAAGUUUAGAAACGGAAUUACAUGAAGUGCAGAAGAACAAAACUGAGAUGAGUGGGGAAGAGCAAGCAUCGUCUGGAGCACAAGAGAUGCAAGAGAUGUUGGAAAGCUGUCAGGAAACGAUAGAAAAGUUGGGAAGUCAGCUGGGAGAGCGGAGAGAACGGAGAAAGCAACUUGCAUCUGAGCUUGAACUGUUACGAGAAGAUCUGAAGGCUGAGAAGAAGGCAUGGGACAGCCAGAGUCUGUCUGACGAGAGAUUCCAACAGCAGGAGGAAAAAAUGCAGCAAUUGCGGCAGGACUUGCGUCGCGUUCAGAACUUGUGCAGCUCAGCCGAGAGGGAGCUGAGAUACGAAAGAGAGAAGAACGUUGACUUACAAAAGCAAAACCUCUUGCUGCAAGAGGAAGGCACCAAGGUCAAAGCUGAGCUGAAGCAAGCCCGGGCAAAACUCUCGGACACAACUGAAACGUGCUCCUCUCUCUCAGCGCAGUGGGAAAAAAGCCAGCAGAAGGUCAAAGAACUCGAACAAGAGCUCUUGAAGUGCUCCCAGGCUGAUAAACUGCAGAGCGGUCUGCAAGAGAAACUCGCACAGGAGAAAUCCAAACAAAAGCUAAAAGAUUCACAACACCAGCUCCUGCUGGCAGAGGCCCGUGUUUCAGACAAGAAACUCCUGGAGGAGGAAUUGAAGGAAGCCCGAGAAAAUGAAGCUCGUGCGCAGCAAGAACUUCAUGAGGAACAGCUGAAAAGGAAGCUCCUGGAGCAGCAGGUGGAGGAGCUGCGGCAGCAGCUCCGGCAUUCGCAGGAGAUGGAGGCGUCGCUGGCCAAGAUGCAUGUGGAGCUGCAGGCCAAGACUCUGCACGUCCUAGAAGACGAGAGGAAAACUGACUCGAACGAGCACCUCCAGUGUCAGAAGGAGAACCAGAAGCUUUCAGAGCAACUUUCAGUGCUGAAGGAGGAAAACAAAGCUCUUUACGAGGAAGGAGUCCGUUUCCUGAACCAGAAGGAUCUGUGUGUCAGGAAAUAUAACGAAAUGCAGCUCCGCCACAAAGACAAGAUCCGCAGAGCCAAGGAGACCUUUAUCCACGAGGUGAAACAAAGGGACAGCAGAAUUAAGCAGCUUGAAAAUGAGCUCGGCGUGUCAAAGCUCCAAGUGGAAAAGGGGAAGGUGCUGAUUGCACAGAUCACUGCCGAGAAUGAGAAAUUACUCCAGGAAGGAAGACGGCUCCUCAAGAAGAUAACUGACCAAGAGGAGACCCUUUGGAGCAACCAGUCUACGAUUGCCACCUUGCAGAGCAGAGUGAAGAACCUGGAUGAGGAGAACCUGCGGCUGCACGAGAGCAAAUUCCAGCUUUCCGGCCACGUGCCCACCUCGCAGCAGCGCGCUCCGAGGAGCAUCCACGCUCCCAACACGGAGGACUCGAAGAGCGUCAACUUCUCCGAACGCCAACUACAGAGUAAGGUGUUGCCAUCUCCCCGUACCAGCUUCCCAUCACAAGAACCGCCAGACUCCCUCAGGAUCCUGAAGGCCAUGCAGGACACAAAGUCUGAAGGAGAAGCUGAAAGCCAAGACUCGUCCUUUUGCUUAUCCCCCUCUCAACCUUCUGAGAUUGGGUACUUAAAUGUAGCUUCGCCUGGAGACACCACAGCCUCCCAGCUGUAGGAGGAGAGUCAGAGCAUCAGCUCCAAGAACUUCUAAAUGGGGAAAGGUGCUUGUAAAAUAUUAACUGGGCUGCAAGGUUUUCAGCUCCUGUUGCUGCAGGAUGACAAGGGCUGCAGGGGGAGAAUUGCCCAAUGGACUGACCUGGUGA